AUGCAUCGGUGGCCGAGCUCGGCCUCGACCUUGAGGGUGUUCCCCCCUCUCCGCUGCUGGUCCGUGCUGUUGCUCCCAGAAGCUGGGCGGAGGCCAUGCGCAGCUCGGCUGAGACUGUUGCCAUCAGGGCGGUUGGAGGUUCAAGGGCCUUUGGUGCAAGCUUGGGGCCGUGAGAUAUGCGAGGACAUCGGGGCCCCUCUGCUAUUGAAUGUUGCAUGCCAGAACAGGUCCUCUCGUGCAUUGAGGCACGUGUGCAUUGAUACACGGCUUCUACAUGAGCUCAUGGCAGCUGUCCCCCUAACUGCCGGCCCCUCCACAAGCUCCUUUGACCAAGGGUUGAAGGGAGGAGAGCGCAUCGUCGAGGUCAAUGGCACUCCAGUCUCACAGAUGACGAAGGAGAAGCUGGGUGUUGCUGUGCGGCAACGGCCUUUGGCUCUCCGUGUCGACCGCAGCGCAGCCCCUGCCGUGGCGCAGGCAGCAGAAGAAGAGAUAUUCGCUCGCCGCUUGCUCGUCCUGCCCCUUCGGGAGAUCAGCCGCUGGUGCUGCGGUUUGACGUCCCACUUACUACAGUCCCAACUGGAAGAAGCCGCAGAUUCUAGUGGCCAUCGCGGAAGCUUGAUCUGCGACGUCCUCACGACGCAUUUCGAAACUGGCGAAAGCUUAGAUGACACGGCAGAGGCAGUUCGCUCGGGGCAGCUGCGCAUGGGAGACGAGGAGGGCCAGCUUCCGCGCAUCCGGGUCACUCGCUUCCACGGUUUCGCCUUUGCUCUUGACGGGCGGCGCCUUGCUUGCCUGCGCAGUGCCUUGGCCCCUGCUGCAGACGUGGAGGUUUGGGAGGAGUGCUUUCGGCGAGCGGAGAUCAGCAAGGAGUUCUUCGAGAAGCUGGCCACCAGGGCCCCCGGCGCCGGAGAGAAGGCAGGGCCCGCGGCUGUACCGAAGGCAGAGUCGAAGCCGCGCGAUGCCGCUGCCAACUUUGCGCGGAGCCUCUGCGACGACCGGGACCAAGAAGCGCUCCAGGUCAAGCAGGUCCAGCUUAGAGGCUUGGGGGCAAGGUGCAUGGAGGGCUUGUGCGGGUGCCCACUCGACGAUCAGCACACCGAAAACUCAACCUCUUUCAUCCGGCCGCUUCUUUUGCAGAUGCCCCUAGAGUUCCCCGAAGACAAGCCUGGAAAGCACCUGCUUUCAGGAAAUUGUCCGCGCCGGAUAUCUGCAGCAGAUUGCGCAGCUGCAGAAGAAGUGUCCUACGGCAUGCAAGGUUUCGCGCAUCCCAGACUCAUGAGCCUUUGA